GAUUUUCAAAAAGCUUAUGAUUGUGUUAAUUGGUCGUUUUUGGAUGGGAUGAUAGAUGGGUUUGGUUUUGGGGCCAAAUGGAGGGGCUGGAUUAUGGAGUGUCUCUCAACUGCAAGGGGUUCAGUGUUGGUAAAUGGAAGCCCGACAGAGGAGUUCGAUAUGGAGAAAGGGUUAAGGCAAGGGGAUCCUUUGUCCCCCUUCCUAUUUUUGAUGGUUGUUGAAGGCUUAAGUGGGUUGGUCAAAAAAGCAAAGAAUGAGGGAUUACUACAUGGUAUUGAAGUUGGUAAAAGGGGGUUGGCGGUUUCUUUGUUACAGUUCGCCGAUGAUACGGUUUUUCUAGGUAGGGCUGAUAGUGGAAAUAUUUUUAUGGUUAAAACUAUUUUAAGGUGGUUCGAGUUGAUGUCGGGUUUGAGGAUUAAUUUCAACAAAAGCAGUCUGUAUGGGUUUAAUGUGUCUGAGAGAUGGAUUAGAGAGGCAGCUGGUGUUCUGCAUUGUGCUGUAGGGGUGACACCGUUUAGGUACUUGGGAAUGCUAAUUGGGGGAAAUCCAAGGAGAAAGAAGUUUUGGGAUCCAGUUGUUACUAAAUUUUGUACUAAACUUGCCGCCUGGAAGUCUGCUGUGCUGUCCUUCGGAGGUUGUCUCACGUUGCUUAAUUCGUUAGCGGUAAAUAAGGAUAGCAAGGUUAAGGAAUAUGGGACAUGGGAAGGGGAUAGUUGGCACUGGGAAAUGAAGUGGCGGAGAGAGAGGCUGCCAACAAGGUGGAAUUUGCAAAAGAGAGGGAUGAUAUUCCAAGGGGAUGGCAUGAAGUGUGGACUAUGUAAGGAAGGAGUAGAGGAUGUUAAUCAUCUAUUCUGCAUAUGUAAGACAGCUUGGUUAGUAUGGGUUAAGGUGAUUCAGUGGUGGGGUUUGGAGGUUGUGAUGCAGGAUAAGAAGCAUGGGGAUUUUAGGGAGCAAUUGUUAGAAUUAAUUCAAGUGGAAUGUGCAAAGGAAUUGACCCGGUACAAAAGGUCUUUGAAGAUUUUUAAGCAGCAACAGGGGACGCGUCUUCAACCUGAUUCUCCUGCGGCUGAGACGUAAAUGCAAAGCCUGGGGUGCUGUUUGAUCAACGUUUGCUGAGCGGGGACCUUUUGCUUUGAGCUGAUGGUUGUUCUUAGUGUAUUGGACUGUUGGGUUAUGAAUUUACUUGUGUAACAGGGCAGGAGCACCCCUUGUGCUCCAUUACAAAAUAAAUAAAAUUUUAUUUG